UUAUUUUUGAUUUGUUUAGUUUUUGGUUACGUAAGGUCUUUUUUCUGCCGUCGAAGUAUCUUUCAAUGUCAAUUAUACAAGUAUAACCAAUUUAACACGUGUUAAGGAAUGUCAUAAACUGUCAACUGUGGUACCAAGUUACAUUGUGAAGCUUGUAUUCACGACUUUGUUGCUAAAAUGCUGGAAAUAAUUGUAAUGAGGUCAUAUAAAUGGUGGUGUUGGGAAUAUAUUGACUCCUUAUCAAGUUUAAAAGUUGGACCUGUAGAUCGUGACGUGAUGACGUUAAACAACCAAUAAUAAUGCGCUUUCUGCUAUUGUAUGUUAUAACCAAGAAAAUAAUGAACAUCAUGGGAGCUUUGGAGGUUUUCUUGCUUCAUUUGUGUAAGGCAUGUAUCGGGCUCUGAGGCAAAUGGAAAGAAAACAAAAAUACUGAAGAGAUCUGGGAUCAUCUUCUGGAAACUUUCCUCACCAUCAACUUGUUGUUCACCAUCAAUUUGUUGCUUACCGUCAUUUUGCUGCUCAACCAUGCCUCGUUAUGAGGCGUUUGAUGCAUUUCUCAUUUUUGCUAAGUCGAGAUUCACUGACAAAGAGGAAGAAAUUGCUGAGAACAUUUCAAAAAAUCUUGGCAAGCCUUUCAUUUUUGUAUGCACCAUCACUGAUAACGAAACAACAGCCGAAACUGUUGAAGGUAGGGAAAUUGUUGAAGGUUUGGUUGAAGAUAAAACUGAUAUCUAUGUUAUUCACAACAAUGGUGGUGGAAAUGACGACUUUGAGCGUCUAGAUGAAGAUAUUUCAUUGAAGUUGGUAAAACGUCGAAGAGAUUUGUUUCUGCAUUCUUUGAAUAAGACCAUUUUUGUAAACACAAAGGAUGCCAAAGAAAUCUUUCAAGAAGCCAAAAAGUAUAGAAAAGAUGAAAAACGGAAGGACGCUGUUGCUUGUAUUGAGGAUUUUUACAGCUGGCACUUGAUUCCCUCAUUAAAAAACUCAAAGAUAGAUUUUGCCAUAACUGGAGACUCUGGAACAGGAAAAUCAUCAUUUAUCAAUGCUGUGAGAGGAAUCAAAGGUAAAGGAAAGAGAGCUGCACCAGUUGGUGUCACAGAAACAACAAGAAAGGCCACUAAAUAUUCACACCCGAAUAAUGAAAACAUCGUUUUCUGGGAUCUACCAGGCAUUGGAACAGACACACACCCCAAUCUUAAAAAAUACCUGAAAAAUAUUGGUGAUCUGGAGAAGUACGAUGCAUUUCUUAUUUUCUGCAAAGAUCGAUUCACCAACUUUGACAAAGAGCUGGCUGAGAAAGUUAUGAAUGAUCUCAAAAAACCUUUCUUUUUCAUUCGUACGAACGUUGAUUACGAUCUAAAGAAUGCCAAGAAAAAGAAAAAAACGUUUGAUGAAGCAACAGUCUUGACGACAAUGAGAAAUAAUUGUUUCGAAAACUUGAAAGAUUUGAUUCACGAUGAGAAAGAUAUCCACAUGAUUGACAACAAGGCUACAGACAAAUAUGAUUUUCAACGCUUGAAGGAAUCCAUUGUUGAGGCUUUGCCAGUUGAUAAAAAGGAGAGUUUUGUUGAUUCUGACCGUAAAUUGACAUACGCUACCGCGAGAAUGAAGGCCAACAUUUUGAAAGCUCAAUUAUCCAAAGUAAUUGUUUUACUGAUGAUUGUUGAGUCUGAGCCUGAAGUUUUUAAGAAUCUGAUUUUGCAAGAAGUCAUUCGAUAUCAUGGUGUGUUUGUACAGCCUGGAAAAAAAGAAAAAGACCUCCUCAAGAGUAAGCACCUUAAAGAAAUAGAACAAAAGCUCAAGAAAGAAAGGUCCUUUGGAAAUUCUAUAGAGUCUAUUGGAGAUUCACCUGCUAAAGUGCAAUGGGCGUAUAAUUACCUUAUAGAUUGCAUUAACAAUUUGAAAAAUCGAUAUGCAUGAAAGAACUAACUUUUAAAAUGUUUUCCACAUUACAAAAUAUUGCUAUGUCAAUCAGUAGACAACACGAAACAUAUUAAUCUCAACAUAAUAUAUCUCUAUAUCUCACGUUUCGUCUCAAAAUAAUAAUUGCACAUAGUAUAAAAUCUUGCCAUUAAAAAUAUAGUUGUUAGGGUAUUUUUUAAUGAAAAAAUACACGAAGAUUCA